CUUUCGCCAGUAUUCUCAUUACUCAUUUCCUCUAUAAACCCUUUUUUCCUCUCUGGGUUCCUCCCCAUUUAUCCCUCCCCCCCCUCCCUGCCCCGUAUUUUCCGCGGCUCUUCGCUUUGUCGCAAUCCACCCGGAUUUCCCCUACCUCACUUCCUCCUUGGAGUCGCCUACUACCUCCGGCAUCACCAUGGAGUCCAGAACCGCGACGGCUGAGCCGUCCAGUAAACGACCGCGCUCACCUUCCGGCGAUUUCCCUCCUAUCGCGUCCAAGGUUCCCAAAACCCAUUCGAAUCACCUGCAGAUCAACUACCUCGCCCGCCAAUACCCGGAUAACCUUCCUCUCGUCUCCGUCGAUGAUACCAUGCCCGCCAUUGUGCAUCUCAUUGGCGAGUACGACGGCGUCUUACAUCGUCACGAAAGCAUCGCCGGGAACUUGGGCGCUUGUCCGCUGGGGCCCAUCCUGAUCAAGCGCUUCGAGCGCUUGUUCGAUGGACCGCCUCGCGUGCUCAAGUCGCAUGGCAAGGACUCCCCCAACGUGACCUGGCUGGAUGUGGUCGAGUUUGCCAAGAACAAGCCCGAGCAGUUCAACCUGGAAAAAUCGCGCAACGGGGUGCGAGUGUGUCAAUUCUACACCAAGCAGUGUCGGGUGGAGAUCAGCGAGGAGGAUUUUGUGUUGAUCGCCUCGGGGAUGCCCCAGAAGAUGAUCCCCCCGCAGCCGAUCAUUGAGGAUGAGGAGAAGGAAUUGGGCGCAUUGGAGAUUCUGGAGAAGAACCUCCAGCAGAUCAUCCAGAUGGCCGACCAGGUGUCUGCCCGCGCCCGACAACUGAAUCACCGUCUGAAGAACCGCCGGACGGCAAUCGUCACCCGUCGGGAGAACGACAUGUCGCUCCACUCGCAGCGACAGCAGCGACAGCAGCAACAACAACGAUCCAUCAGCCCUGCGUGGCGCGAUGCCAAUGGCCAUGCCCAGAAUCCGAAUGGUAGCACCCCUGCCAGCGCCCAGUCUCCCUCCACUGGUUUUGUUGCCGUGAAUGCCGGCCGGCCCGGCGGCGGAGAAGCCACUGUGGAGGAGAAUGCGCUGUCGUCGCAGUUUAUGUUCUCGCAUUCCAAUACGGACAAUGUUACUAUCAUUAACGGCACCUCUAUCAAAGGCGCCUCGCCGACGACCCGCGCCGAGCUCAUGAAGAAGUUCUUUACUACCCAGGAUCGCCAGGCGCGCAGCUAUGAAGAGGGCCCCGGCUCCAGUAGUCGGCAGUCGUCCCGGCCGCGGCCGCGAGCGUCGGAUGCGGCGGACUACAACCUGUACACUCCGGCACCCGCUACGGUUGCCAUUCCCAAUACACCCUCCUCGCUUCUGCCACCGCCCAAGUCCCACCACCACGAAAAGGAUGACGGCGGCCCGCACAAGAUGGAGAUGGUGGCGCGCAUGGAAGAACUCUCACGGGGCGAGCGCAUCCUGCCGCCCUGCGAUCGGUGUCGCCGGCUACACAUGGAUUGUUUGAAGAACCUGACUGCCUGCAUGGGGUGCACCAAGAAGCAUGCCAAGUGUUCCUGGAAGGACGUCAAGGAGGACGAGCUGCGCGAGACACGGGUCGACCGUACGUCCCGGGAACGAGCGGAGGAGCCGCCUUCGUCCAAGGAGGCCUCUUCGACCCAUCCACUACCUACUCCCGUGGCAGCACCACCGUCGACGGCAGCCCCGACACCGGUGUCUGGACCGAUGUUGCCCGAGACGGAGCAGCGACCUCGUGAGCGCGAGGUGCCGUCCGAGUACAGCGUGCGCCGCGAGUCCGCGCCGACAGGAGGACCGGUUGCGGGGAUGGCGCUAGCCAAGGAGACGUCACCGCGGCGGGCCAUGAGCGAGAUGCACGGGAGCAGCGGGAUGAGCCAUGAGCGACGGGUCAGCCUGCAUCGGCACGCGGAGGCAGACGAUGACGACCCGGAUGCCAACCAGCGGCUGAUGCAGGCAAUUCUGGAUACGGUGGACCACCACACGCGGGUGGCGGCGGCGGUGAAGGAGGGACAUGAAGUGAGCAACGAGCGGGAGCGGGAGCGCGAGCAGGAACGAGAACGAGAGCGGGAGCGGAAGUUGGUGCGGGCAUAGCUUGACGACCCGACUUUGUUUGGAAUUAUGGAUUGGACAUGGG